AUGAACAAUAUCCUUCAAUCUCGAGAAAACAUUCAAAACGGGACUGGUACAAAUAAUAAUGUAAGUCGUGUCUUUUCAAAAUGAAAAAAUGUCAUUUUAGUCAAGACCAAAUGUAAUAUUAAUCGACCAGUCGAGAAAUGAACAAUUCACGCUUCGUAACGGAUUUAGAAACCUUCAACGACAUUUCAGAAAUCAGUGGACAUUUGAAGUGUAAGUCACCCCACCCUACCCUUGCCUUGCCUGUGCCUUGCCUGUGCCUUGCCUGUGCUUUGCCUUACUGUAUCCUACCUUAUAUAAUCGCCCUACUUUAUUCUAUUCUACUGUACCCUAUCUUACUUUGUCUUAUCCUACUUUAACAUAAUUUGUCCUACUGUGCUGUUUCCUACUCUACCCUAUCUUAUCUUACUUACUGUUUCGCACAGUGAUGUGCCUUCUUCUUUCUCUACCCAAUCUAUCCUAUACUCACUUGCCCUACCCUAUGGUGCCGUACCUUCAUCUUACCUUACCCUACCCUUUAGUAGCUUAAGUUAAGCCAAUAUUUUUUCAGAAACGAAGAUGAAAUCAUUGGUUCAACAUUGGAAAACUGUAAAAUACUGGUGAUUCCUGGUCCAAAUGGCAAAUUUUAUACAUCUGAAGUAAGGGAUUUUUAUUAAUUUUUUGCAAUUUUAGGUAAAAUACGUUUCUACUACCCGAUUAUUUUACUGCACGGUUAUGUACAACCCUAGUCAAGAACAUUUUACAAAGUUUAACAAGUUUUAAUGCUUAAAAAUGCAAUUUCUCUAAACUUUCUUUAACAAAAGGCUUAGAGUUAUAAAUAAAAACCGUUUUCAGUUUGAUGAAAUUCGAAACUUUAUCAAUUCCGGCGGUAGUUUGUUGGUAACUUUGGGCGAAGGAGGAGAGAAGGCUUCAGACACUAACAUCAACUACUUGUUGGAAGAGUUUGGAAUCGUUUUUAAUAACGGUAGGCUUAUCUAUGACUUUUUUUGAAAUUAGUUUUAAAGUCAGAUAUCUUACCCUACCCUGUCCUACCCUACCCUACAUUACCCUACCCCACUGUACCUUGGCCUACUUUACCGUACCUUACCUUACCGUAUCCUACAUUGCCUUAUCCUAUCGUAUGUUACCAUAACUUUAGUACCGUAUAGAACCGUGCCGUGCCCUUCUAUUUUUUCUACCUUACCGUAGAUUACAGUACACCGUUAUCUGCCCUAUCCUACCCUACACGAUCAUAACCUACUUUUUGUAACAGUAAACUAUCUUUCAGACUCAGUAGUCCGUACAGUGUAUUACCGUGGCUACUUCGACCCGAAAGAAGCGUUCAUCACAAAUGGCGUUUUGAAUCGAGGUUUGGCCGUGGCGGCGGGUAAAAACCCAACAAAUUUGGUGGAUGAUGGGAAUAAUAAUCAGUAAGGUCUUACAAUUUAAAAAAAAAUUUUUUAAGUUAACAAAUUUCAAAAAAUGUCAUUUUUAGGUAACAAAAUUAAAAAAAAGUCAUUUUUUGGCAAAAAAUUUCAAAAAAUUUAUUUUUAGGUAACAAAAUUUUAAAAAAGUCAUUUUUUGGCAAAAAAUUUCAUUUUUAGGUAACAAAAUUUAAAAAAAGCCAUUUUUAGAUAAAAAAUUUCAAAAAAAGUCAUUUUUAGGUAACAAAUUUUAAAAAAAAUAUUUUUUGACAGAAAAUUUAAAAAAAUUUUAUUUUAGGUAACAAAAUUUUAAAAAAAUUAGUUUUAGGUAACAAAAUUUAAAAAAUUUUUUUUAUAAAAAAAAUUUAAAAAAAGUGAUUUUUUAGGUAACAAAACCUAUUUUUUUUUAAUUUUAAUUUUUUUUAAUUCCAGAGCCCUGUCGUUUGUUUAUCCAUUUGGCUCAACAUUGACAGUAACAAAAGAAACAAUUCCACUAUUAUCGACCGGCUCUGUUUGCUUUCCAAUGAAUCGACCAAUUUGUGCUGGGAGGGUUACUGAGGUACGUUUUAAAACAAAGGGUAGGACAGGGUAUAGAUCUGAAAGAAGGAUCACUCGGCCAGGCCGGCCCUGGUCCAUACUAAGGUUAAAGGGCUAGGCCGAUCGGAAGCUAAGACUCGGGGCUACUAUAGGUCUAGUAGAGUAGGAUAAGAUAAGAUGUGUUAAGAUACGAUAACGUACGAUAUGGUAGAGUUGUAUGGUAGAGUUCGAAUUGUACUUUCAUAUUUCGUAUUUUACGCAUUUUUUUUCAGAAUGGUGGAAAAAUUGUGGCACUCGGCUCAACUCAUAUGUUAACUGACAGCUACUUUGAGGAAAAGGAAAAUGACAAAGUUAUUGUGAGUUUAGCUAUCAAAUAACAAAAAAAGUAUUUUAAUCGUAAAAAAUGGCAUAAACUUUCUUUACAAACUAAUUUUUUAGACAAAAUUAUAGCACUUGCAAAGCCGACGUAUAACUUGUCAGCUGCAGCCUGCGCUGCCUGAAAUUUACGUUUUUAGUCUUAAAAAUUGUAAAAUGGCAAGAACUUUCUUUACAAAACAAAAAAUGGCAAGAACUUUCUUUACAAAACAAAAAAUGGCAGUAAUUUUCAUUACAAGACACAAAGUAGCAAGAACUUUCUUUACAAAACAAAAAGUUGCAAAAACUUUCUUUACAAAACAAAAAAUGGCAAGAACUUUCUUUACACUCUAUCUAAUUUCAGAAUGUCUUAUUCAAAUUUCUAUCAGAAAACAUGGAAAUGAACCGCCUUGACAUAGAAGCUCCAGACCUAGCCGAUCCUCAUACCAUCCCGGAUAACUUGGUCUUAUCAAGAGGAUUCAAAAUGUGUGUUCAAGAAAGCGACGUUCAGCAGAAUUUACCGGUCGGAGAUGUCACCAAAAUCUUUGAAAGUACUGUAAAGUCAUUGGAUUUGCAUAUGUGGCCGGAGUGCAUCAAGUAGGUUAAGAAUUUUGAAAUUUUCGCUGUUGGAAAGAAAGUUCUUGCCAUUUCUUGUUUUGUAAAUAAAGUCUUUGCUAUUUUUUGGUUUGUAAAGAAAGUUAUUGCCAUUUUUUAGUUUGUAAAGAAAGUUCUUGCCAUUUUUUAGUUUGUAAAGAAAGUUAUUGCCAUUUGUUCAUGUUGUUUGAUAACAAAAAAACAAAUUUGUAAAUUUUGACGAUAUUCCACAAAAGUUAUUGAUUUUUCGACGAAGUGUCACAAAUUUUAUCGGAUUUUGAAAAAUAUGAUUUCAGAGCCUACUCUAAGCUGGACCUAAAACAAGAGCCCUUAACUUUGGUACCACCCGUUUUUGAAUGUCCGCAGCCUCCAUUAACUCCAGCUGUAUUUCCACCCUGCUACAGAAAUCUACCCCCACCAACGCUCGAAUUAUUCGAUUUGGACGACGCAUUCUCUUCUCAAGAAGCCAGAAUGGCCCAAAUUACAAACAGAUGUAACCCUACCCUACCCUACCCUAUCAUACCCUACCCUGCCCUACCCUACCCUACCCUACCCUACCCUACCCUACCCUACCUUCCCCUCCCCUCUUACUCUGCUGCACCAUACUGUACCUAUCCGUACCUUGCUUUACAGUACCCUACUCAACCUUAUUGUAUAAUACCUUAUUCUACUCUACCGUAUCAUGUCCUAUAGAGCCUCACCGUAUUCUGAAGCACCUUAUCCUAUCUUACCAUACUUAGCUCUAUUUUACCCCGCCCAAAUCUGACUUUCUAAAAUAUAUUUACGGCAUUUCAGGUUCUCCAAAAGACAUUUCAACUUAUAUAAAGGAAGUUGGGCAGAUGUUGGGUAUUACUGACUCAUUAUCACCUUCAAACCGAGGUCCAAAGGAGAUAUUGGAGCAUGCCAUGCUUCAAAUGAUCGAAUUCAAACAGCUGAAUUACGUAUGUUUUUUUUUAAUUUUGUUACCUAAAAAUGGAUUUUCUAUUCAGAACUGUCAUUUUUGUAGUUUGGCGUAAGUCAAAAAAGUAUUGUCGUCAAUUUACAUUACUUUCAACAGUAAAAAACGACAAGACUUUUUUUGCUUAAUUUUUUAAAAAGCUUUGAUUUCAAAACUUAAAGACUACGUAUUUUAUAAUCUAAAACUUCAUUUCAGGACGAAAAUGAUGCUCAUUUGUAUGCUCCAGACGACCAGACCAACAUCUUCGACCAGCCGGCUGACGGGGAUUACUUUUCGGAUAUUGAUGACUAUGAUGACAUUAUUGAAUGA